AUGAUUAUUGAGAGCGAGGAGGAUGAGAACAUCGCUCUCGCAGCGGAAGGAAGAGCGAAAAUUGUCGAAGGAAAGUUCAGGGAACUGAACAUCCCUCGCAAAUUCGACUACGAACAUGUCAAGGCUGCGAGAGCAAAUACAAUGGCGAGAUCACUGAUCCACGAGGGCCGCGAUUCCGUUUCGACUGCAUGGUUCGCCUGGUAUGUGGACUUUAAUGUAUGGAGCUACAUCCAUGAGAAGUUCGCUCGGAACGGUGAUCGCGAGACGUUCCCGUGGAUCGACCUCGAACCGGCCGUGAAGCCCAAGACCCCCGAAGACGCCUCUGCCUGGUUCAACGGCUUGAAGGACGCCAUCAAGCAAAAGUACGACCUUUCUGCCUUGGAGCGGAAGAAGCUGGGUCUUACCUUGAUGAGGCCGGAAGAUUACCUCGUGCGUGACACGGACGAAGUCGCUGCGCGUUUGCGUGAAGAUACUUGGAACAACGUCUUCCCCGGAAGAGUGCCACCCCACGGCAAGGCCUUUGAAGUCAUCGUCCCCUCUGCCGUCAAGGCGUUCUCGGAUCUGAAAUGGGACGUAACACAAGGAGCACAUCUUGUACCAGCUACAGUCAGCAUUUCCACAGUCGGACGAGUCCACCGCCGCGGCCACUUUGUUAUGGCGCUUGUUCUCGGUUACAGUCCCGGUGUCAUCGACGACCCGGAGAACAGAUUGAUUCUGGCCAAGACGUACGAUGCCGUCUUAAAAUGGGCCACAACGAUCAUCAUCACUGGCAGAAGCAUGAAGCUCACCAGAGCUUUGAAGAACUUCGUCCUGCCGGGGGCUCAACUACAAGCUGAAGGAGAGGAUACGAUCAUGGGAGGCAUGGAAGACCAGACGGAGGAGCUCACACAGGAACAGCUCGAACUUUGCGCCGAGGAGUUUGAUGUGGUGCCGUUGACCUCCAUCCCGGACUACGCUGUCUUCCGGGUGAGCGAAUGGCUUCACUGGGAGGUUGGUCGCACGUCGGCAGAGGAUCGGUGCCGAUUGCUCCGGGGUUGGUGCCAGCUUGAGGAUGGCAAGUAUCAUCAAAACCUCGAGGGAAUGACCCGAGAGGACUUGCAGAAGGCUUGUCAUGAAGCAUGGAUGGAGAAGACACAUAACUGGAAGGAAACACUUGAUAUUACGGUGUGGUCGUGGACUGAGGAGGUAUAUUGGGCGAAGAAGAUUGCGGAGCCGUUCGAUUCUUGA